AUGGCCCCGAUUGUAUUUAGAUCCCGGUCAGGCCGUGGUGGUGGUGGUGGUUCAUCUCCUGCUUCUACAGUGCCAGCCAGCGCUGCUUCUGUGGAAAGGGCCAAGGCCAGUGCCAGGAGGGAACGCCUCAAUUCCACCCCACCAGCCAGAGUCAAACGUUCGAACACGGGGGUUUCUCAGUCAUCUGCCCCCAAGUUGCCUCGUCGUAUUCAGAGUGAGGAGAUUCUUAGAGAUGCCGCCGGCAAGCUAAAGUCACCUGCUACUGUAUACUACAGCCCUGAGUGCCCUGAGCAGAUUGGCGUGCAAGACCCACCGGCUCCAGAGACUAGGAAAGGGAGGAAGAGGAAGGAACCUGAACCCCCGGCAAAUGCGAACCAGAAGGUGGAUCCACCACCAAAACCUCCGCGCGCAAAAGCUACAGCUGUGAAGGCAAAAGCAAAGGCUAGUGCUAAGUCAGCCACUAGUCCAAAGGUUGAGACACCCCCGCCAGCCACUUCGAGAGCCGUCCAACAAGCUUUGAACAGAAAAUCUACUUCAGAGAUUCACUCACACCAGCCAUCGCCCCACUCUCCCAGUGCUGCCUCCGCUGCUGAAGAUUCUGAGGGCGCAGGAGCCGAGCAGCCUGCAGGUGAUAGUGAUGGUGAGCUGACGCUCGAGCAGGUGAAGGCCCGAAAAGCUGCACAUGCGAGAUUCAUGCGGUUCAGCCGCAGCUUGAAAUCACCCCGGGUCCAUGGGAAUGCAUACUUUACUGCUGACACCAUCCAAGACAGUCAGAAGCUGGGUAUUUUAUAUGAGCAAUGGGCUCAAUGCGAUGGCCAUUGGACAGAAUCAUCUUUGUACAAGGAACUUCGAGUCAGCGUCAGGCACCGCCGCCGCGGCGCACGCCGCUGGUUGACUCUACAUGAGUUGACCCUAAAGUACGGCUCGGAACGAGUGGCAAGGCGCAUUGCAGAACACAAGCUGGCCGAUGCUGAGUUGGCUCGCACUCAAGUGCGGUUCCACCCGGACGCUCCGGGGGAUGAAGAUUUACGCCAGUUCCUGGUUUGGGACAUUGAUGCCGAAGAAGAUGUGCACGACACGGUCACAUCUACCAUGAUUGAUGCUGUCGAGCGUGACCAGAGUCCCAAGCAUAAGACCAAAGACAACAAGAGGGUGAAGGGCAAGCCCAACAAGAAGAAGGAUUCGAGUGAUUCCAGCAGUGAUGCUGAUGGCAGCCAUGAUGAUGACAGUUCGAGUUCGGACCCAUGGAUGAAUUCAGACUGCAAGCCUCUCCCGCCAUUCCAUGAGCCAACGCAUCGCCGUGAUACUUAA